CAGCUUCAAGAAAACAGUCGCUUUGAUACUAGAGAUUUCGUGGUUAAUUGAUAGUUUGAAUGACUGAAAUCCUUAAGUAUACAUAUUUUAAGUUUUCAGUACAGUAGUCAAUGGACCUAAAAACUCCGGGAAAGAUACCAAUAGGCCUGCUGAUUAAUAUUUAACAACAACACUGGAAUGGUAAUGAACGUCGAGUUGAGUGCAGGAAUUUUCUGAUACGUUUUGAGGGAAAUAAAGCAAAUAUGCUGCUUACCAUUCCGUUGAAAGUUAUUAUUGCGCAUUUCUUCUUUAGUUACAUCUCGUGUUGUUCAUUAUGGGGAGAUGUCCUGACUACUCCAGAUAUUCCAGCGAUUGCCAAAUAUUUCACCACAAAAGGUAGAUAUGAGGAAGUGAACCCUUACCUCAUAGAUGACAUACUGGCUGUAAACAAAUCUCUUGUGAAGUCCCCAUUUGCAGAAUGUCGCGAAAUUCAUCUGACCGCUAUCAUACGGCACGGCUCAAGGUACCCGACGACGAAAAACAUCAAGAAGAUGCGAGAAUUUCACAAUCUUGUUGUACAGAAGGCCUCUGGAGAGGAGAGCUGGUUGCGUGAAAUUAGGCAGUGGAAGAUGUGGUACACUGAUGAGAUGGAUGGCCGUCUCGUUCAGAAGGGAGUCCUCGACCACAGGAAUUUGGCGGUCAGGUUGUCAAAGUUAUUCCCAUCAUUGAUAUCUAAGGAGAAACUACAAGAUGGUCACAUCAAGUUCAUGACCAGUUCUAAACACAGGUGUGUGAACAGCACCCUUUCUUUCCAGAGAGGACUGGCAAAACUAUGGGAUAUUGAAGGUAGAUAUAAUCCUACUCGACGUCUGUAUAAUAGCAUCGUGUCAAAGUGCAAGUAUGAUGCAUAUAACUCUUGAUUUAUUUUUUGCAACUGUCACUAAUUUGCAAGACAUAAGGCCAAUAUAUACUAAGUAGGUCAAUGUUAGCUAGGUCCUAGCUGAGGAACGCUCAACUCCGUUCUUAUAUCGAGGCGGGGUUGAAGAUCGAGAACUGGUCAAUUUGCUAGCAACAGAGAGGAAGAGAGUGGCCCAAGUCGGCGGAAAAUCUGUCUCCCUCCAGCAAGUGGCGUUUUUUCGUUUCGCCCACCAAGGGAGUUUUUGUAUGGAGGUCAAAUUUGGUCAACAAAAAAACAAAUGACUUAUUUGUGUGAGGUUUAUUUGAUCGAAUAAAAGUGUCGUGCUUAAGUUGUUAAGCGUGUACUGAUAAGGACACGUGACAUCCCGGCAACUUUAUGCACUUUAUAGCAGAGUUGUCUCGAGAUUGCUAUGCAUAUUCAUGGUAUGAGGCUAGUAGCAUAGCAUCUCUCUCCAUUGAAUGGUGGCGGUUGAAAUCAACAACCCUCAUUGAAUAUUUAAAAAAGAUUACAAUAAUGAGAUGUAUCCACCAAUCCAAAGAAAGGAUAGGCGGGAGCUAGAGAGCCCGCCGUGCCGCUUUGUGGACUCCCAUUGUUAGGGUAGAGAGACGUAAUCUUGACAGUAUAUCCAUAAUCUUUGCCAGCAACAACAUCAAUCGAUACAAAUGGUGCUUUCAAGACAACUGCGAACUCGGAAAAAAAAACGAGGUCAGAUCAUGACGUCUAUGGUCUUCGGGUAGGGAAGUCAGAGUUCUAGAAAGAUGCCCGACUUUCCGACUUGGAAUUACGAGUUGGAUGACUGUUCAAAAAUAGUUGUCUUGAACGGAUUGAAUUCGGAAGUUGGAUAUUUCCGAGUUCCCAGUUGUUGUUUUGAACGUGGCAUCCGCGUGAAUCUCAGUGUAUGUAGUACCUCAAGGCCGCUAUGUCUACAGUUGAGCAACACAAAUUAGGAACAAGUCAGUGGUUGUAUUCAAUAAAAGUUUUCAUUAAAAGUAUGAAUUUCAGCACCCCACAGAAGGACCACAGUUGUACAGUUAAGCGUUUUCAGAAUUGACAUUUUUACAAGUAUUUUUUUAUUUAACCUUGUCACUGAUGGUGACUCAAUGUUGUUGGUAGUAAAUCGCGUGACCAGUUAUCAAUACUAGAGAGAACAGAGUUUAGCUUUCCUCAGCUAGGCUGGUCCCAGAUCUGUUUGUGCUUUUGCUUACUCCAUUUGUCAUUGGCAAGCUAAACAAUUGACCUUUCGCUAAGCUCCGAGGUUACUGUUGCAUCCUCGGACAACAUGUUUAUUUGUGAUUUUUUUGUGUGUGUCAUUUAGCAGAGGCUCUUAUCCAGAGCGACUUACAGGAGCAAUUAGGGUUAAGUGCCUUGCUCAUGGGCACAUCGACAGAUUUUUUCACCUAGUCGGCUCGGGGAUUAGAACCAGCGACCUUUCAGUUAUUGGCACACCGCUCUUAACCACUAAGCUACCUGCCGCCCUAUUCAUCAUGUUCCCGGGAAGCCCAAUUCCCCUUUCUAACCACUGGCGAAAUCCCCUCACAAUGAUUUGAAACUGUGUUUUUAAUACACAAUGAAUAUUGAUAAAGUCACCGUGUCCUAGAGAGAUUUACACGGUUAUCAAAACGUCACGCCAGGGUAAGCCUACACGAAACACAGGCUUUAUUUUAAGCGUUUCUAAAAUCCCCUAUGGGAAAAAUUUAAUGGUGGAAAAACGAUUGGAACCAUUUCCCUGUUUGACCGCUAGGUUUUAUGGGUAUUAUGACUCAUACUGUGGUACUCAAUUGGAGCGCUGUGAUUGGUUGCCCAAAAUUCUGGGGCGGGGCUUAGCGAAGGGUCAUAUUAUUUAGCAUGACAAUUCCAUUAGGAGUUGCCAGGAAAGCAGAAACAGCACCCACGUUAGGUAAAUGUAAUACCGAUAUGACAUUGCCAUAAUAUGAUAUGCAUGUCAUAAGUGUACAUUUUGCAUGAUAUUGCAUUGGCCUGCAGUCUUUUGGAAAUGAAAUGAUUAACAAUUCAUCAUGUCUUACUGUAUAACAGGCAGGGUUAUAAUACUAUCAAUAACACACAAAAAAAACUUCUGAACUUGUCACUAGUUUUUAAUUGGGGCUUUUCAUUCACCUUAAUAUUAUUAUAAUUUUCAAAACUUUGAAGAUCUCCCUUUUGAAUGACCAGUGUCUUCUAUGUUUGAUUCUAAAGAUGAAGAGAUUGACUAUGAGGUGAACGACGCACUGAUGAGGUUCUUUGACCACUGCACCAGGUUUGUGGAGACCGUCGACAAGAACCAGUCAGCCAUGGCUGAGCUGGACAAGUUCAAGUCCAGUGCAGAGAUGAGGAGGGUGCAGGAGAAGAUAGCAGACCGGCUCCUGGUCCCCUACAGCCACAUUACAUCAGGUCUCCAUCUCUAGCCGAUCUGUCUCUAUCUGUGUGUGUGCAUACAUUUGUGUGUGAGUUGUCACAGGACGUUGGGAAACGCGACAGCAUUAGUAAAAAGUGUCUAUUCUACAGUGGCUAGUACAUAUUUUAUAGCUAUUCUAUUAUUACUGAGAGGGCUAUCCUCAUGAUGUCGCUCAUGUUCUCUAUACAAUGAACGGAUCUGCUUCAGAUCUGCUUGAUUGCAAAAACAAUUACAGGAUAUUUAGACACUACAUUUUACAUUUACAUUUUAGUCAUUUAGCAGACGCUCUUAUCCAGAGCGACUUACAGGAGCAAUUAGGGUUAAGUGCGUUGCUCAAGGGCACAUCGACAGAUUUUUCACCUAGUCGGCUCGGGGAUUAGAACCAGCGACCUUUCGGUUACUGGCACAACGCUCUUAACCACUAAGCUACCUGCCGCCCCAAUUCUGAUAAAACCAUUCAGUUAAACACUAGAUGGGGCUGUUUUCUCACUAACAGUACAAAACAGUUAAACACUCCCCUAUACAAUUCCCUCAACUGAAUGGUUUUAUCAGAAUGUCAUCAAUGAGCAGCUGAGAAGUGAGGACAUUGAAAUAAGAAUAACUGUAUGUUUAUUUUAUUUGAAAAGUAAAACAAAGUGGAAAAUAUGUUGUUAAUGCUAAGCCAUACAGGACUUUUAUGUUGUUUUAUAUCAAAGUACAGACAUGGUCACUGGUCUGUAAUAAUUAUUUACAUUUUGACAUGGAAUGGCGGCAGAUAGCCUAGAGGUUAAGAGUGUUGGGCAAGUAACCAAAAGGUCGCUGGUUCGAAUCCCCAGGCCGACAAGGUGAAAAAUCUGUCUGUGCCCUUGAACAAGGCACUUAAAGGUCCAAUGGAGCUGUUUUUAUCUCAAUAUCAAAUCAUUUCUGGGUAACAAUUAAGUACCUUACUGUGAUUGUAUUUAGAGCCAGAGCGAUAUGUUUUAUGUGGUCCAAUAUGAUUCCUAUAUUUGGGGGGGGGGGGGGGGGUCAAAACGUACCGAUACUGAUAUAUCUACCGAUAUACUGUUUUACAGUGGGGAAAUGAAAGUGUAAUUUUUCCACACUGAAUUCUCAUACAUUGUCAUCCAAAAGAGCAAUUGUCCAAUAACUAUGCUUCAAAUAUUGAUUUCAUACAUUGUGACAAUAAUGGCACAUCAUGACAAUGGCCGCAAGUGUUCAGAUACAGUGCCUUCAGAAAGUAUUCAUACCCCUUGACUUAUUCCACAUUUUGUUGUGUUACAGCCUGAAUUCAAAAUUGAUUAAAUUAAAUAAAACAUCUCACCAAUCUACACACAAUACCUCACAAUGACAAAGCGAAAACAUGUUUUUAGACUUUUUGCUAAUUUAUUGAAAAUAAAAUACAGAAAUAUCUCAUUUACAUAAGUAUUCACACCCCUGAGUCAAUACUUUGUAGACGCACCUUUGGCAGCGAUUACAGCUGUUAGUCUUUCUGGGUAAGUCUCUAAGAGCUUUGCAAACCUGGAUUGUACAAUAUUUGCACAUUAUUCAUUUAAAAAUUCUUCAAGCUCUGUCAAAUUGGUUGUUGAUGAAUGUUAGAAACCAAUUUUCAGGUCUUGCCAUAGAUUUCCAUGUAGAUUUAAGUCAAAACUGUAACUCGGCCACUCGGGAACAUUCAGUGUCUUCUUGGUAAGCAAUUCCAGGGUAGAUUUGGCCUUGUGUUUUAGCUUAUUGUCCUGCUGAAAGGUGAAUUCAUCUCCCAGUGUCUGGUGGAAAGCAGACUGAACCAGGUUUUCCUCUAGGAUUUUGCCUGUGCUCAGCUCCAUUCCAUAUUUUCUUUCUUUUUCUGACAACUCCCCAGUCCUUAACGAUUACAAGCAAACCCAUAACGUGAUGCAGCCAUCACCAUCCUUGAUCACUAUCCUUGCUUUUUUUUUUUUACCCAUCUACCAAUAGGUGCCCUUCUUUGCGAGGCAUUGGAAAACCUCCCUGGUCUUUGUGGUUGAAUCUGUGUUUGAAAAUCGCUGUUCGACUGAGGGACCUUACAGAUAAUUGAAUGUGUGGGGUACUGAGAUGAGGUAGUCAUUCAAAAAUCAUGUUCUACACUAUUAGUCCAUGCAUCUUAUUAUGUGACUUGUUAAGUACAUUUUUACUCUUGAACUUAUUUAGGCUUGCCAUUACAAAGGGGUUGAAUACUUAUUGACUGAAGACAUUUCAGCUUUUCAUGUUCAAUUCAUUUGUAAAACAUUUCGAAAAACAUUAUUCCACUUUCACAUUAUAUGGUAUUGUGUGAAGGCCAGUGACACUAAAAGGCCGUUAUCAUAAUUUUCACAGUAUUAUUCCAACCUCAUAGUGUGGAUAUAUAUUUGAGCUGGGUGAUAUAGACAAAAAUCCACAUCGCGAUAAAUUGCCUGAACUGAUGCGAUAACAAUAAAUAGGACGAUAAGUUAAUAACAUGAAUGUGCACCACAGUUUAAAAACAAAUAUCCUUUAAACUACUACUAGUAGUUUGAUGGUUGUAGCUAUCAAUUGUCCCAUUAACAAUCACCCAUAUUAGCAAACUUAUUUCAUUUCAUACUUCACAUUAUCGUCAUGAACGAUGUCAGCAAAAUGCCUGUGAUAUGUGGUCGGUGUCGAUCAUUUUCGGUUUAUUGUCCCAGCUCUAAAAUACACUACAUGACCAAAAGUAUGUGGACACCUGCUCGUCGAACCACUCAUUCCAAAAUACGGGCAUUCAUUUGGAGUUGGUCCCCCCUUUGCUGCUGUAACAGCCUCCACUCUUCUGGGAAGCUUUGCACUAGAUGUUGGAACAUUGCUACUGGGACUUGCUUUCAUUCAGCCAUGAGCAUUAGUGAGGUCGGGCACUGAUGUUGGGUGGUUAGGCCUAGCUCGCAGUCGGCAUUCCAAUUGAGGUCAGGGUUCUGUGCAGGCCAGUCAAGUUCUUCCACACCGAUCUUGACAAACCAUUUCUGUAUGGACCUCGCUUUGUGCACAGGGGCAUUGUCAUGCUGAAACAGGAAAGGUCCUUCCCCAAACUGUUGCCACAAAGUUGGAAGCACAGAAUCGUCUAGAAUGUCAUUGUAUGCUGUAGCGUUAAGGUCUCCCUUCACUGGAACUAAGGGGCCUAGCUCAAACCAUAAACAGUCUCAGAUCAUUAUUCCUCCUCCACCAAACUUUACAGUUGGCACUAUGCAUUGUUCUCCUGGCAUCCGCCAAACUCAGAUUUGUCCGUUGGACUGCCAGAUGGUGAAGUGUGAUUCCUCAUUCCAGAGAACGCGUUUCCACUGCUCCAAUGGUGUUGAGCAUUACAUCACUCCAGCCGAUGCUUGCCAUUGGCGCAUGGUGAUCUUAGACUUGUGUGCUGCUGCUCGGCCAUGGAAACCCAUUUCAUGAAGCUCCCAACAAACAUUUUUUUUACGCACUUCAGCACUCGGCGGUCCCGUUCUGUGAGCUUGUGUGGCUGAAAAAGCUGAAUCCACUAAUUUGAAGGGGUAUCCACAUACUUUUGUAUAUGUAUGUAUGUAUGUAUACACUACCGGUCAAAAGUUUUAGAACACCUACUCAUUCAAGGGUUUUUCUUUAUUUUUACAAUUUUCUACAUUGUAGAAUAAUAGGAAAGACAUCAAAACUAUGAAAUAACACAUAUGGAAUCAUGUAGUAAACAAAAGUGUUAUAAAAUAUAUUUUGAUUUGUUUAUUUGAGAUUCUUGAAAUAGCCACCCUUUGCUUUGAUGACAGCUUUGCACACUCUUGGCAUUCUCUCAACCAGCUUCACCUGGAAUGCUUUUACAGCAGUCUUGAAGGAGUUCCCACAUAUGCUGAGCACUUGUUGGCUGCUUUUCCUUCACUCUGCCGUCCGACUCAUCCCAAACCAUCUCAAUUGGGUUGAGGUUGGGGGAUUGUGGAGGCCAGGUCAUCUGAUGCAGAACUCUAUCACUCUACUUCUUGGUAAAAUAGCCCUUACACAGCCUGGAGGUGUGUUGGGUCAUUGUCCUGUUGAAAAACAAAUGAUCGUACCACUAAGCCCAAACCAGAUGGGAUGGUGUAUCACUGCAGAAUGCUGUGGUAGCCAUGCUGGUUAAGUGUGCCUUGAAUUCUAAAUAAAUCACAGUGUCACCUGCGAAGCACCCCCACACCAUAACACCUCCUCCUCCAUGCUUUACAGUGGGAAAUACAUAUGCAGAGAUCAUCCGUUCACCCACACAGCGUCUCACAAAGACACGGCGGUUGGAACAAAAAAAUCUCCCAUUUGGACUCCAGACCAAAGGACAAAUUUCCACCGGUCUAAUGUCCAUUGCUCAUGUUUCUUGGCCCAAGCAAGUCUCUUCUUCUUAUUGGUGGCUUUUGGUCGUGGAUUCUUUGCAGCAAUUCGACCAUGAAGGCCAGAUUCCCACAGUCUCCUCUGAACAGUUGAUGUUGAGAUGUGUCUGUUACUUGAACUCUGUGAAGCAUUUAUUUGGGCUGCAAUUUCUGAGGCUGGUAACUCUAAUGAACUUAUCCUCUGCAGCAGAGGUAACUCUGGGUCUUCCAUUCCUGUGGCAGUCCUCAUGAGAGCCAGUUUCAUCAUAGCGCUUGAUGGUUUCUGCGACUGCACUUGAAGGAACUUUUUAAAGUUCUUGAAAUGUUCCGUAUUGACUGUUGUUUCUCUUUGCUUAUUUGAGCUGUUUUUGCCAUAAUAUUACAUUUUACAUUUACAUCAUUUAGCAACCACCCUUUUUUCAUGGGGGGUGGGGGAAGAAGGAUUACUUUAUACUAUUCCAGGUAUUCCUUAAAGAGGUAGGGUUUCAAGUGUCUCCGGAAGGUGGUCAGUGACUCCGCUGUCCUGGCGUCGUGGGGGAGCUUGUUCCACCAUUGGGGUGCCAGAGCAGCGAAUAGCUUUGAAUGGGCUGAGCGGGAACUGUGCUUCCGUAGAGGUAGGGGAGCUAGCAGGCCAGAGGUGGAUGAACAUAAUAUGGACUUGGUCUUUUACCAAAUAGGGCUAUCUUCUGUAUACCCUCCCUACCUUGUCACAACACAACUGAUUGGCUCAAACGCAUUAAGACGGAAAGAAAUUCCACAUAUUAACUUUUAAGAAGGCACACCUGUUAAUUAUAAUGCAUUCUAGGUGACUACCUCAUGAAGCUGGUUGAGAGAAUGCCAAGAGUGUGCAAAGCUGUCAUCAAAGCAAAGGGUUGCUAUUUGAAGAAUCUCAAAUAUAAAAUAUAUUUUGAUUUGUUUAACACUUUUUUUUGCUUACUAUAUGAUUCCAUAUGUGUUAUUUCAUAGUUUUGAUGUUUUCACUAUUAUUCUACAAUGUAGAACAUUGUAAAAAUAAAGAAAAACCCUUGAAUGAGUAGGUGUUCUAAAACUUUUGACCGGUAGUGUGUGUGUGUUUAUAUAAAUGUAUGUAUAUAUAACACAUGAAAGUCCCAUUUUUGACUGCACUGUGCCUUUAUCCCAAAUUGUGCCGUAAGUCGCUCUGGAUAAGAGUGUCUGCUAAAUGACUAAAAUGUGAUGGCUCCUGUGAUCACUUUGCCAUUACUUUCCCCCCUGUAGACAUGGCUGAGGCUGCAUUUCACCUGUGUGCUUACGAGUUGGCCAUCAAAACCAUCAACUCCCCCUGGUGUCAACUCUUUGAUGAGGCGGAUGCUCUGGUACGUCAACUGUAUUCCCUGCAGUAGUAAUAAUUUUACAUCAUUGCGGAGUGUUGACCAGUUCAAGUGAUAAUAGAGCCAUUGAUUAUUUAUGGGGACAUCUAUUUUUUAAGCAGUGAUCAAAUAUGUUGAAGUUCAUUAAUAUUGGAUGCAUCUAGCCUUACUAGUGUCUAACUAGUAAUCCAUUGACCUUAUUUUUUUAUGUCAUCAAGUGUUUUUGCUGAUAGGACGUUCAUCUAAAACGUGAUGAAUGUAUUAUUUACAAUAUCCUCACCUAAUCUACAAUAUGAAUAGAUGUCUUGUAUUCAGUCAAUAAGCAGUUGGGCUAUGUGGGUGUAUCCUGUGUUCUAAGGUAAGCUGGCCCAGCUCUCAGGUGGCCUAACUGAAAUCCUGCCACGACUCUACACAAUGAGACAUUGUCUGAGGGCAUCACUCACCCAAGUAUUCACACAAAGCCUACCCUACAUUCCAUGGUAUACAGUCCAUUCGGAAAGUAUUCAGACCCCUUGACUUUUUCCACAUUUUGUUACGUUACAAACUUAUUUUAAAAUUGAUUAAAUAUGUUUUUUCUCAUCAAUCUACACACUACCCCAUAAUGACAAAGCGAAAACAGGUUUUUAGAAAUGUGUGCAAAUGUAUUAAAAAUAAAAAACAUAACUACCUUAUUUACAUAAGUAUUCAUAAGACAUACAGUACCAGUCAAAAGUUUGGACACACCUACUCAUUCAAGGGUUUAGAUUUAUUUUUUUACUAUUUUCUACAUUGUAGCAUAAUAGUGAAGACAUCAAAACUAUGAAAAACACAUAACACACAAUAGAUUUUAGAUUCUUCAAAGUAGCCACCCUUUGCCUUGAUGACAGCUUUGCACACUCUUGGCAUUCACUCAAUCAGCUUCAUGAGGUAGUCACCUGGAAUGGAUUUCAUUUAACAGGUGUGCCUUGUUAAAAGUUAAUUUGUGAAAUGUAUUUCCUUCUUAAUGCGUUAGAGCCAAUCAGUUGUGUUCUGAUAAGGUAGGGGUGGUAUACAGAAGAUAGCCCUAUUCGGUAAAAGACCAAGUCCAUAUUAUUGCAAGAACAGCUCAAAUAAGCAAAGAGAAACGACAGUCAAUCAUUACUUUAAGACAUGAAGGUCAGUCAAUCCAGAAAAUUUCAAGAACUUUUAAAGUUUCUUCAAAUGCAGUCGCAAAAACCAAGCGCUAUGAUGAAACUGGCUCUCAUGAGAACCGCCACAGGAAAGGAAGACCCAGAGUUACCUCUGCUGCAGAGGUUAAGUUCAUUAGAGUUAACUGCACCUCAGAUUGCAGCCCAAAUAAAUGCUUCACAGAGUUGAGGUAACAGACACAUCAACAUCAACUGUUCAGAGGAGACUGUGAAUCAGGCCUUCAAGAUCGAAUUGCUGAAAAGAAACACACUACUAAAAAGGACACCAAUAAGAAGAGACUUGCUUGGGCCAAGAAACACGAGCAAUGGACAUUAGACCGGUGGAAAUCUGUCCUUUGGUCUGAUGAGUCCAAAUUUGAGAUUUUUGGUUCCAACCGCCGUGUCUUUGUGAGACGCAGAGUAGGUGAAUGGAUGAUCUCCGCAUGUGUGGUUCCCACCGUGAAGCAUGGAGGAAGUGUGAUGGUACUUUGCUGGUGACACUGUCUGUGAUUUAUUUAGAAUUCAAGGCACGAUGAUCCAGAGGAGGAAUGGGAGAAGGUCAUGUGGUCUGAUGAGACAAAAAUAGAGCUUUUUGGUCUAAACUCCACUCGCCGUGUUUGGAGGAAGAAGAAGGAUGAGUACAACCCCAAGAACACCAUCCCAAUCGUGAAGCAUUGAGGUGGAAACAUCAUUCUUUGGGGAUGCUUUUCUGCAAAGGGGACAGGACGACUGCACCGUAUUGAGGGGAGGAUGGAUGGGGCCAUGUAUCGCGAGAUCUUGGCCAACAACCUCCUUCCCUCAGUAAGAGCAUUGAAGAUGGGUCGUGGCUGGGUCUUCCAGCAUGACAACAACCCAAAACACACAGCCAGGGCAACUAAGGAGUGGCUCCGUAAGAAGCAUCUCAAGGUCCUGGAGUGGCCUAGCCAGUCUCCAGACCUGAACCCAAUAGAAAAUCUUUGGAGGGAGCUGAAAGUCCGUAUUGCCCAGCAACAUCCCCGAAACCUGAAGGAUCUAGAGAAGGUCUGUAUGGAGGAGUGGGCCAAAAUCCCUGCUACAGUGUGUGCUAACCUGGUCAAGACCUACAGGAAACGUAUGAUCUCUGUAAUUGCAAACAAAGGUUUCUGUACCAAAUAUUAAGUUCUGAUUGUCUGAUGUAUCAAAUACUUAUGCAAUAAAAUGCAAAUGAAUUACUUAAAAAUCAUACAAUGUGAUUUUCUGGAUUUUUUAAGUGUACCUAUGAUAAAAAUUACAGACCUCUACAUGCUUUGUAAGUAGGAAAACCUGCAAAAUCGGCAGUGUAUCAAAUACUUGUUCUCCCCAAUGUACAUAAGACCCUUUGCUAUGAGUCUCGAAAUUGAGCUUCGGUGCAUCCUGUGGUAAAUUUAAUUGAUUGGACAUGAUUUGGAAAGGCACACACCUGUCUAUAUAAGGUCCCACAGUUGACAGUGCAUGUCAGAGCAAAAACCAAGCCAUGAGGACGAAGCAAUUGUCCGUAGAGCUCCGAAACAGGAUUGUGUCGAGGCACAGAUCUGGAGAAGGGUACCAAAAAAUGUCUACAGCAUUGAAGGUCCCCAAGAACACCGUGGCCUCCAUCAUUCUUAAAUGGAAGAAGUUUGGAACCACCAAGCCUCUUCCUAGAGCUUGCCGCCCGGCCAAACUGAGCAAUCGGGGGAGAAGGGCCUUGGUCAGGGAGGUGACCAAGAACCCGAUGGUCACUCUAACAGAGCUCCAGAGUUCCUCUGUGGAGAUGGGAGAACCUUCCAGAAGGACAACCAUCUCUGCAGUAGAGUGGCCAGACAGAAGCCACUCCUCAGUAAAAGCCACAUGUCAGCCUGUGUGGAGUUUGCCAAAAUUCACCUAAGGACUCUCAGACCAUGAGAAACAAGAUUCUCUGGUCAGUUGAAACCAAGAUUGAACUCUUUGGCCUGAUUGCCAAGCAUCACGUCUGGAGGAAACCUGGAACCGUCGCUACGGUGAAGCAUGGUGGUGUUUUUCAGCGACUGGGAGACUAGUCGGGAUCAAGGAAAAGAUUAAUGGAGCAAAGUACAGAGAGAUCCUUGAUGAAAAUCUGCUCCUGAGCGCUCAGGACCUCAGACUUGGGCGACGGUUCACCUUCCAACAGGACAACGACCCUAAGCACACAGCCAAGACAACGCAGGAGUUGCUUCGAGACAAGUCUCUGAAUGUCCUUGAGUGGCCUAGCCAGAGCCCGGACUUGAACCCGAUCAAACAUCUCUGGAGAGACCUGAAAAUAGCUGUGCAGCGACACUCCCCAUCCAACCUGACAGAGCUUGAGAGGAUCUGCAGAGAAGAAUGGGAUAAACUUCCCAAAUACAGGUGUGCCAAGCUUGUAGCAUCAUACCCAAGAAGACUCGAGGCUGUAAUCACUGCCAAAAGUGCUUCAACAAAGUACUGAGUAAAGGGUCUUAAUACUUAUGUGAAUGUGAUAUUUCCGGGGGGUUUUUGGUUGUAAUAACUUUGCAAUUAUUUAUAAAAAACAAUUUUUGCUUUGUCAUUAUGGGGUAUUGUGUUUAGAUUGAUUAGUGGGAAAAAAAACUAUUGAAUCCAUUUUAGAAUAAGUCUGUAACGUAACAAAAUGUGGAAAAAGUCAAGGGGUCUGAAUACUUUCUGAAUGCACUGUACUUACACAGCAAUUACCCCACUAACAGGUUAUUGAAUAUGGAAACUAUCUAAUGUGGUAUUCACACAAAGCCUACACCAUUUAAUUCCAUGGUAUACUUACACUGCACUUACCUCACAAACAGGUUCUGGAAUAUGCAAAUGACCUGAAGCAGUUCUGGAAAAGAGGUUAUGGUCAUGACAUCAACAGCAAGUCGAGCUGCAUUCUCUUUCAUGAUGUAUUCAGCCGUCUGGAUAGAGCGGCCAAUGAGAUCAGGUGAGUGACUGGUUAGCCUCGUAUCAGGCUUCAUGUCAAUCACCAGCAUAGCAAACAGAUUAAAAGUGGAUGGCCUUUGGGUAAAAAUGAAACUAAUGUAAAAAAAAAUAAAUGUACAAAAAUGUUAGGCUAUAUGUGUUUUAAAAGGACUGGACAAUCCAAAAUCAAAGUUUGUCAGACGUUUUUAAACCCCAAAUGUUGUAUAAUGUCAACAUGAAUUCUUGUCCCACGCCAUUGAUUGUGUAGGUCCGUGCCUGUAUCCCACAAGAUUGGAAAAAAAUAAGCACCGAAUAAAAUCAGAAAAUUAUAGCACUUAUCUUUUCCAUUCAUUCCAUUCUGCUCAACAGAUGUCUGGGAUGUGGACCUAUCUCAAUAUAAUACCACUUUGCCUGGGGCUGCGGUAGCCUUGAGGUUGCCUUUGUGUUGUUGUGCCCUUGAGCAAGGCACUUAUCCCCUAACCUGCUCCAUGGAUGCUGCUCUGUGGCUGACCCUGUGCUGCUUCCAGCCUCUUGUGAGUGUCUGGGUGGUGUCUGGGUUGUUGGGGGAAAAAACAAGACUGCGAAAAGAGACAUGUAUGUUUAACAAUGGACCAAAAAUUCUAGUUGUAUUGUACUUGAGUUCUGAAACUUUGUUUUUGGAGUGAACUGUCCUUUUUAAGGGGUACUUACAAAACCAAUUUAGGACUAAACAGUAAUAUUAUACAAACAACCGCCCGGUACAGUAUCUAUUGCAAAUGUUAGAAAAUAACCUGUCAACGUGGCAAUAGAAUAGGACACAUGAACCUUCAUGUUUGCACCCUGUUUCCUGUUAUACAUCCUAGUUUAGCCAAGUCCUCGAACUGUCGCUGUCAUAUACAUGAUAUUGAGAGGAGUUGGCCAAAGCGCAUACAUAUGGGGGUAGGGUUAUGGGCAAUCCACAUCCCACAUUGUUCAAUACCCAUUAUAGGGUUAUAAUGAACAAUACAAUUACCAAUCCAUAGCAGCUCAUCACAGAAGUUUACAGACCUUUUUGUCUGGUCUGGAUCCUGUUGUGUGAGGGUGUGUGUGUGUGUGCCUUGUGACAAUUGUAUUCUGUGGAUCACGCACCACACCCACACGUCAAUACACAUUGCUGUUACAGAAUUAAUGUGUCUGUCAUGCUGUGUUGCACGCACAGUGCGUGUAGCAGCACAUCUGAUCAUAGAACUCAUAAGAAUAUGAAUCUGAGAAUUUAUUUGAUUUUCUUUUUCAAAUAAAGUGCAUUGAUGAACCUGCAGCAUAAUCUCAUGGUUUCUUGUCAGUCAGUGGAACACUGUAGGGGAGAGUGGGGUAAAUGGAGACAUUUUUUUACAUUCCGCCUCACUAUGUGAAGGGAAAUAUAGUAUUCUUUCUAACAGAUAUCUACAUAUUUUUCAGGAUGUUGUGUAUCCCUGAAAAUAAUAAAAAAUGAAUAAAAACAUAACAGUUUGGAAAACAGUUUGUCCCAAAAAAAGUAUUCUCUUGGCACAACUUACCCCGGGGGUAUGGGGUAAAUUUAGCAUAGGGGCAGGGUAAGUUGAGCUACCUUGGGGUAAGUGGGUGCUGGUGUCCCGUGACAGUGGGUGAUGGUGCUAGUAGGUCAUAGAAUGGGGGUGUGGUAUAUUGUAUAUCUUAAAUGUAUGUCUGCAUUCAGAUAUACAGUGAGGGGAAAAAAGUAUUUGAUCCCCUGCUGAUUAUGUACGUUUGCCCACUGACAAAGAAAUUAUCAGUCUAUAAUUUUAAUGGUAGGUUAAUUUGAACAGUGUGAGACAGAAUAACAACAAAAAAAUCCAGAAAAACUUGUCAAAAAUGUUAUAAAUUGAUUAGCAUUUUAAUGAGGGAAAUAAGUAUUUGACCCCCUUUCAAUCAGAAAGAUUUCUGGCUCCCAGGUGUCUUUUAUACAGGUAACGAGCUGAGAUUAGAAGCACACUCUUAAAGGGAGUGCUCCUAAUCUCAGUUUGUUACCUGUAUAAAAGACACCUGUCCACAGAAGCAAUCAAUCAAUCCGAUUCCAAACUCUCCACCAUGGCCAAGACCAAAGAGCUCUCCAAGGAUGUCAGGGACAAGAUUGUAGACCUACACAAGGCUGGAAUGGGCUACAAGACCAUCGCCAAGCAGCUUGGUGAGAAGGUGACAACAGUUGGUGCGAUUAUUCGCAAAUGGAAGAAACACAAAAGAACUGUCAAUCUCCCUCGGCCUGGGGCUCCAUGCAAGAUCUCACCUCGUGGAGUUGCAAUGAUCAUAAGAACGGUUAGGAAUCAACCCAGAACUACACAGGAGGGUCUUGUCAAUGAUCUCAAGACAGCUGGGACCACAGUCACCAAGAAAACAAUUGGUAAUACAAUACGCCGUGAAGGACUGAAAUCCUGCAGCGCCCGCAAGGUCCCCCUGCUCAAGAAAGCACAUAUACAUGCCCGUCUGAAGUUUGCCAAUGAACAUCUGAAUGAUUCAGAGGAGAACUGGGUGAAAGUGUUGUGGUCAGAUUAAUCCAAAAUGGAGCUCUUUGGCAUCAACUCAACUCGCCGUGUUUGGAGGAGGAGGAAUGCUGCCUAUGACCCUAAGAACACCAUCCCCACCAUCAAACAUGGAGGUGGAAACAGUAUGCUUUGGAGGUGUUUUUCUGCUAAGGGGACAGGACAACUUCACCGCAACAAAGGGACGAUGGACAGGGCCAUGUACCGUCAAAUCUUGGGUGAGAACCUCCUUCCCUCAGCCAGGGCAUUGAAAAUGGGUCGUGAAUGGGUAUUCCAGCAUGACAAUGACCCAAAACACACGGCCAAGGCAACAAAGGAGUCGCUCAAGAAGAAGCACAUUAAGGUCCUGGAGUUGCCUAGCCAGUCUCCAGACCUUAAUCCCAUAGAAAAUCUGUGGAGGGAGCUGAAGGUUCGAGUUGCCAAACGUCAGCCUCGAAACCUUUGACUUGGAGAAGAUGUGUGCAAACCUGGUGGCCAACUACAAGAAACGUCUGACCUCUGUGAUUGCCAACAAGGGUUUUGCCACCAAGUACUAAGUCAUGUUUUGUAGAGGGGUCAAAUACUUAUUUCCCUCAUUAAAAUGCAAAUCAAUGUAUAACAUUUUUGACAUGGGUUUUUCUGGAUUUUGUUGUUGUUAUUCUGUCUCUCACUGUUCAAAUAAACCUACCAUUAAAAUUAUAGACUGAUCAUUUCUUUGUCAGUGGGCAAACUUACAAAAUCAGCAGGGGAUCAAAUACUUUUUUCCCUCACUGUAGAUCGCUGUUCAAUAUCACUUAAAUCAAAUCAAAUCAAAUGUUAUUUGCCAAAUGCGUCGAAUACAACAGGUGUAGACCUUACAGUGAAAUACUUACUUACAAGCCCUUAACCAACAAUGCAGUUUUAAGAAAAUAAAAAAAGUGUUAAGUAAAAAAUAAAAAUAGCACUUGUCUGGGGCAGGGAUUUUGUUUCGAUGUGCCUAUUCGUAGGCAAGUUCUCUGCAUUUGAGGUUACUAAGCCCAUGAAACUGGUCUGUGAAAUUCUUGAUAUUUUUAGCAAGCUCAGACUCCAUGUCAUCAGAUAAGACCGUUUGUUUGUUUGUAUACCCAGGGCACGAUGUCUGCUUUGUAACAAUACAGAUUUUGUUCAUAUGCAUGACACAUUGCAAAAAUACUAUGCAUAUUAUGCAUAAAACUGACAAUAUAAUCAUCAUUUCUAUGGGGUAUGGUGGCCAAUGGCUCAACUCACCCUAUAGCCAUUGGCUCAACUUACCCCAAGGCAAACAUUUGGACUACAUAACCCACACAGCUACAAGGAUGCACUUUCGUGCUAGGUUUAAUAAAUUCAUUUGACUUUCUGAAAAUCAGUUUUUUGGACCUAACUUGCGGUUUCUUCCUUCAGACUCCAUGAAAUGAUGACCACAUUGGCAAAGGGGAAAAGCUUGCAUUUAGUACAGGGCAACAUACAGGGUCAACAUGUUUUCUAAAACCAUGCGGUCAAUUCCUGCAUUCCAUACAUAAAUACAAACAGUACAAAACUGUUCUCAACUGACACCCCCUUGAGUAUAUGUAGACUAGUGUAUGACAACUAGUGUUUGCAAUUCAAUGCCUCUGGUCAAGCAAGUUCUUGUUCACUUGCAUACCACAUUGUUCUGGCGCAAAUAAAUAAUUACCCUCCUGAAGUAUACAUGUCCCAUCCUGUCUCUCAGAUCUGGCAGUAACGUCACAGAAGCAGCGACCAUCCAGGUGGGUCACGCUGACACUCUCCUGCCUUUGCUGACCCUGCUGGGUUUCUUCAAGGACAGCGUGCCCCUGACCUCCAACAACUAUGUCACCCAGGGCCAGCGUGCCUUCCGCACCAGUCGCAUGAUGCCCUACGCUGCCAACCUGGUCCUUGUGCUGUAUGACUGCAGUGGAAACCUCCGUCUGCAGGCACUGCUCAACGAGCGGCCCCUGGCCUUCCCAGGCCUGGCCGCCACCCAGGGAGAGGAGGGAGCCCCGCUCUACCAGGAUGUCAGAGACCACUACGGGGAACUGCUCCAGGGCUGCGACUUUGAGAAGGAGUGCCAACUGUUCCCAUCCAAAUGA